GGGGAGGGGAGCCAGAGCGAGGGAGGGUUUAUCGACCGGGCGAUUUUGGUUAAAAUAUUCAAAAUGGCGGACGGAGGAGCAGCGAGUCAAGAUGAGAGUUCAGCCGCGGCGGCAGCAGCAGCAGACUCAAGAAUGAACAAUCCGUCAGAAACCAGUAAACCAUCUAUGGAGAGUGGAGAUGGCAACACAGGCACACAAACCAAUGGUCUGGACUUUCAGAAGCAGCCUGUGCCUGUAGGAGGAGCAAUCUCAACAGCUCAGGCGCAGGCUUUCCUUGGACAUCUCCAUCAGGUCCAACUCGCUGGAACAAGUUUACAGGCUGCUGCUCAGUCUUUAAAUGUACAGUCUAAAUCUAAUGAAGAAUCGGGGGAUUCACAGCAGCCAAGCCAGCCUUCCCAGCAGCCUUCAGUGCAGGCAGCCAUUCCCCAAACGCAGCUUAUGCUAGCUGGAGGACAGAUAACUGGGCUUACUUUGACGCCCGCCCAGCAACAGUUACUACUCCAGCAGGCACAGGCACAGGCACAGCUGCUGGCCGCUGCAGUGCAGCAGCACUCCGCCAGCCAGCAGCAUAGCGCUGCUGGGGCUACCAUCUCCGCCUCUGCUGCCACACCCAUGACGCAGAUCCCCCUGUCUCAGCCCAUACAGAUCGCACAGGAUCUUCAACAACUGCAACAGCUUCAACAGCAGAAUCUCAACCUGCAACAGUUUGUGUUGGUGCAUCCAACCACCAAUUUGCAGCCAGCGCAGUUUAUCAUCUCACAGACGCCCCAGGGCCAGCAGGGUCUCCUGCAAGCGCAAAAUCUUUUAACACAACUACCUCAGCAAAGCCAAGCCAACCUCCUACAGUCGCAGCCAAGCAUCACCCUCACAUCCCAGCCAGCAACCCCAACACGCACAAUAGCAGCAACCCCAAUUCAGACACUUCCACAGAGCCAGUCAACACCAAAGCGAAUUGAUACUCCCAGCUUGGAGGAGCCCAGUGACCUUGAGGAGCUUGAGCAGUUUGCCAAGACCUUCAAACAAAGACGAAUCAAACUUGGAUUCACUCAGGGUGAUGUUGGGCUUGCUAUGGGGAAACUAUAUGGAAAUGAUUUCAGCCAAACUACCAUCUCUCGCUUUGAAGCCUUGAACCUCAGCUUUAAGAACAUGUGCAAGUUGAAGCCACUUUUAGAGAAGUGGCUAAAUGAUGCAGAGAACCUCUCAUCUGAUUCAUCCCUCUCCAGCCCAAGUGCCCUGAAUUCUCCAGGAAUUGAGGGCUUGAGCCGUAGGAGGAAGAAACGCACCAGCAUAGAGACCAACAUCCGUGUGGCCUUAGAGAAGAGUUUCUUGGAGAAUCAAAAGCCUACCUCGGAAGAGAUCACUAUGAUUGCUGAUCAGCUCAACAUGGAAAAAGAGGUGAUUCGUGUUUGGUUCUGUAACCGCCGCCAGAAAGAAAAAAGAAUCAACCCACCAAGCAGUGGUGGGACCAGCAGCUCACCUAUCAAAGCAAUUUUCCCCAGCCCGACUUCACUGGUGGCGACCACACCAAGCCUUGUGACUAGCAGUGCAGCAACUACCCUCACAGUCAGCCCUGUCCUCCCUCUGACCAGUGCUGGUGUGACGAAUCUUUCAGUUACAGGCACUUCAGAUACCACCUCCAACAAUACGGCAACCGUGAUUUCCACAGCACCUCCGGCUUCCUCAGCAGUCACAUCCCCCUCUCUGAGUCCCUCCCCUUCUGCCUCGGCCUCCACCUCCGAGGCAUCCAGUGCCAGUGAGACCAGCACAACACAGACCACCUCCACUCCUUUGUCCUCCCCUCUUGGGACCAGCCAGGUGAUGGUGACAGCAUCAGGUUUGCAAACAGCAGCAGCUGCUGCCCUUCAAGGAGCUGCACAGUUGCCAGCAAAUGCUAGUCUUGCUGCCAUGGCAGCUGCUGCAGGACUAAACCCAGGCCUGAUGGCACCCUCACAGUUUGCGGCUGGAGGUGCCUUACUCAGUCUGAAUCCAGGGACCCUGAGCGGUGCUCUCAGCCCAGCUCUAAUGAGCAACAGUACACUGGCAACUAUUCAAGCUCUUGCUUCUGGUGGCUCUCUUCCAAUAACAUCGCUCGAUGCAACUGGGAACCUAGUAUUUGCCAAUGCAGGAGGAGCCCCCAACAUUGUGACUGCCCCUCUGUUCCUGAACCCUCAGAACCUCUCUCUGCUCACCAGCAACCCUGUUAGCUUGGUCUCUGCUGCCGCAGCCUCCGCAGGGAACUCUGCACCUGUAGCCAGCCUUCACGCCACCUCCACCUCCGCUGAGUCCAUCCAGAACUCUCUCUUCACAGUGGCCUCUGCCAGCGGGGCUGCAUCCACCACCACCACCGCCUCCAAGGCACAGUGAGCUGGGCGGAGCUGGGCUGCCAGAAGCCUUUUUCACUCUGCAGUGUGAUUGGACUGCCAGCCAGGUUAAUAAACUGAAAAAUGUGAUUGGCUUCCUCUCACCAUGUUGUGAGGGCAAAGGAGAGAAGGGAGAAAA